UAUUUCUAAUCAGACAUGAUUUGACCAUAGUAACGCAUAGACUGGUACAGUUGUUCUAAGCUAAUGACUUAUCGGACUAGCUAACUUUUUUCUUAGUAAAUAAACUUAUAUUUUAAACUUUCCAAGUGUUUAUUUAUAUACUUCAAAGUUCUUACCACCGGAGCAGACCUACGACAUAGUGGACUUAGUCGUUAAAAUGUGUUGAGUCAAUCGCUACCAAAACCGGCUCACUACAUGAAUGUCGAUAAUGAUCUUUUGAUAUCAAUGUAUUACACCGAUUUAAAAAAAAAAUUGACCGUUUAUCGUUCGUGUGAAUACACAUUGGACAAAUUUAAACUAAUUAUAAUAUAUAAUAUAAUAUUGAUGAUUUAUUUUAUUAGGUCAAUAUCCCAGGUUAUAAUCAUUUAUCAGUAUCUAAUUCCAAUUUGAUCGUUGUGUUCAAUAACACAAUUACAACUGGAAACACUAAAACUGUUCUACCAUACUAAGGUGUUGUCAAAUAAAAUCAAAUAUUAGAAGUUGACGUAUAAAAAGAACGCUACCAAAAUUUGAUAAACAGCCAGAUCUAGCUACUGACAUUCUACAUAAAUUUAAAACAUUUAAAAAAUAUUACACGUGUAACUAGCAAUAUCUAAAAAUGAUGAGAAUAAAAAAACUAUUUAUUCCACUUGGAUUAAUUUUGAUGACAAUUUUAACUGGCAUGUAUAAACCCAAUUCAAUUGAUUCUAUUAGAGUGAAAAGUGAUAAACUUGUGAUUGACACGGAUGCUGGUGCUGAUGAUGCAAUGGCCAUUUUGCUUUUACUAUCAGUGUGUGCUAGCAACAACACAAAUUUCGAUAUUGUAGCAAUAACUUGCACCUAUGGUAACUCCUAUUUAAGUAACGUCGAAAAAAAUGUGCUCAAGACUUUGUCAAUCGCGGAUGAAACAAAUAUACCAGUUUACAGUGGUGCUUACAAACCAUUGAUCCAGAAUUAUACAUUUGAUAAUUUCUUUGGCGAUGACGCAUUUGGUGAUUUCAAAUUUAACCAAAAAAUUACUAGUCAUAUUGAUAGAUCAAAGCAUGCAGCAGUUGCAUUAAUUGAUUUAGCUAAUAAAUAUUCUGGUGAAUUGAGUAUACUUGUACUUGGACCAACAACAAACAUCGCACUUGCAAUAUCAUUGGAUCCAAAUUUUGUUCAUAAAAUCAAACAUUUUUAUGUCAUGGGCGGAAGUGUUAACGGCCAUGGAAAUAUAAGUCCAGGUGUUGAAUUUAAUUUUGGCUCAGAUCCAGAGAGUAAUUUUAUAUUCUUCAAUUCGACUCAAGGUGAUGUCAGUUUAUUACCCUGGGAAACUAAUUUAUCAAUUAACAUAUCAUCGUCAUGGAGAGAAAAUGUGCUCGGUGGAAUUGAAUCAAAAUUCAUGAAAUUUUUAAAUCAAGCAGAAUCAAAAAUAAGAAAAUUACCAACUUGGCAACCUUGUGAUUCAUUAAUUGUAGCUACAAUGUUGUGGCCAAAUUUGAUUACAAAAUCAUUUGUUACUAAUUUAACACCAAUUAUGGCAGGUGAAGCACGUGGCGGGUUACUUAUUGAUUAUUCAGCAACAACUCAUAAGCCAAAAAAUGUUGAAAUUAUUCAAGAAGUUGAUGUUGAAGAAUUUCAAAAUUCUCUUAUGUUAUUUUUGUCGUACAAUUAAAAUUCAGUGUUGUUUAUUAUUUUUUUUUUUGCAGAAUCGUAAAAUUUUGAUAACUCAAAUAUCAAAAUAUUAUCACUUAUUGGUAAAUUAGUUUCUAUUAUUUUAAUUAUUAAUAACUAAGUACAUUUAUUUGUACAAAUAAUGAAAAAUAACCUGUCUGUUUCUUAUAGUUUCAAUAAAGUAUUCACUUUCUAA